AUGGAAGACGCCGACCCUUACAACAGGAACAAGUACAGCUCGGCCAGAACACCCACCCAGAAGCUGGACUCGAAUGCCGCUCGUCGCUAUUCUCCCAUGAACACCUCGCCCUACUUGACGAGCUCACCCACGCGCCAAAUGUACUCGUCGCCGACCCAACCGCGUCCGAACCAGCUCCCUCCCAUUCAAUCAAACGCCGACUUCUAUCCCUCACCAUUCAAUCAGAGCGGUCCUCAAUCUCCCCGUCUGCCUCCUCCAUCCCAGUCCGAGCCACCCACCCGCGGUCCUGUUCCCGUCUUCACCAAAUGCGAUAACGUCGCCGACCUGCAGCCCCGAGUCAAUGGCCAACCUCCGUUCCGCAGAGCCAACCCCGAGGGAGGUUUCAUCUCUCCUUUGCACGCCUUGACGACACAAUUGCCAGCAACAUACAGAAUCUGCAAUCCCAACUUCCAAUAUGAGAGUUCGAGAAACCCACGCAGAGUCCUCACAAAGCCCUCCAAGGGUUCGAAGAAUGACGGCUAUGACAACGAGGACAGCGAUUACAUCCUGUACGUCAAUGACAUCCUCGGCAGUGACGACACCAACAACAAGAAUCGCUACCUCAUCCUCGAUGUUCUGGGUCAAGGUACCUUUGGCCAGGUCGUCAAAUGUCAGAACCUCAAGACGCAGGAGGUCGUUGCGGUCAAGGUGGUGAAGAACCGUACUGCAUACUUCAAUCAGAGUAUGAUGGAGGUCUCUGUUCUGGACCUGCUCAACGGCCGUAUGGACAAGAACGACGAUCACCACAUCCUCCGACUCAAGGACACAUUUAUCCACAGACAGCACUUGUGUCUAGUCUUCGAGCUGUUGUCUGUCAACUUGUACGAGCUCAUCAAGCAAAAUCAAUUCCGAGGAUUGAGCACCACUCUUGUGAGAGUCUUUGCCCAGCAACUGUUGGCCGGCCUAUGUUUGCUCAGCAAAGCCCGCCUGAUCCACUGUGAUCUAAAGCCAGAAAAUAUUCUGCUCAAGAAUCUGGAAAGUCCCAUCAUCAAAAUAAUCGAUUUCGGGUCGGCCUGCGAUGAGCGCCAGACAGUCUAUACCUACAUCCAGUCACGCUUCUACAGAUCUCCCGAGGUACUGCUAGGCCUACCCUACUCGGCCGCCAUCGACAUGUGGUCUCUGGGCUGCAUUGUUGUCGAGCUUUUCCUCGGCCUGCCUCUGUUUCCAGGCUCGUCCGAAUACAACCAGGUGUCAAGAAUUACAGAAAUGCUGGGCCUUCCGCCUACAUGGAUGCUAGAAGUCGGCAAGCAGUCUGGUGAAUUCUUCGAGAAAGCACACGAUGAGUUUGGUCGUAAGACAUACCGCCUGAAGCCAAUGGACCAGUACUCAAGGGAGCACGGCACCAAGGAACAGCCUAGCAAGAAGUACUUCUCGGCCACGACGCUCCCUGAGAUUAUUCGCAACUACCCCAUGCCGCGUAAAGGCAUGAAGCAAGCCGAGAUCGACCGAGAAAUGAACAACCGAGUCGCUUUCAUCGACUUUGUGCAUGGCCUAUUGAACAUCAACCCCCUGGAGCGAUGGACGCCACAACAAGCUCGAACCCAUCCUUUCAUUACUCAGUCAAAGUUCACCGGCCCCUUCCAGCCUGGAAUGCAUCUCAAGUCCACUACAUCGCGCUCGCCUGCUCCUGGCGUUCAACAACAGCAACAGGCAGAAGCUUUGUCAAAGCAACGUGCUCAAGCUGCUCAGCAACAACAGCACCAGCAGCAGCAGGCUCAAUCUGCUGCCAAUGCUGCUUAUGCCGGCAUGCACAUGCAACAAGGUCCCCCUGGGUACCCAACCUCUCCUCAUGCUCAGCAAUCGCCCAUGUACUCCAACAUGUACCCUCCCACACAACAGCAAGCCCCGCCACCUUACCCCUCGGCCGCUGUCCCCAACGUUUACAACCAAGCGCCAAUGCUGCAGCAACCUCCGCCAACUGCCACCAUGCACGGCCAACAGGCGCAGCCACACGGCUACCAACACAACCAGCCUCAGUCAUCUCUGUAUGCUCAAGCGACGACGCGAGCUGGCCGCCAACGUGCAUCAACUAUGGAUUUGGCAAACGGCAUUCCCUCGACUUUGCAACGAGUCGCAACUCACCUCGACCCCAACGCACCUAUCCGCUUGCAGCCAAGUCCAGCCUACUACCCUCCACCCAACGAGCAAACGGGCGAUGUCGGCAAUGUUGGUGGCAGGAGGCGCAUGAGCAGAGGACCAAGAGAUGCUCGAAGCCAGACAAAUUUCGUCCGCCAGUUGGAAGAUCGCACUUUGGAAGAAGGGUGGACCGGCGGGAACAACGGCGGCUCUGGCGGAGGCAGCUGGGCCUGA